CCACGUUCGUGCUGAACAAGAUGUGUGAACUCAUCUCUAGUGGAGUUAGGACUGACAAGGGCUUCAAGGAGGUGCACUUGAACACCGUUGCGAAGCAGGUGUUCGAGUUCUGUGGGCAAGAGGUGUCUGCCACCCAGGUGUACAACCACCUGAGGAAGUGGAGAAGUCGAUAGAUCCAAGUGUCCAAGCUGAGAGACCUUAGCGGCGUCUCAUGGGAUGAGAACACUUGCUCAAUAGUUCUGGAGGCAGAGCACUACGCCGACCAUGUCGCGGACCACCCAAGGGACGCUGAGUUCCUCAACACACCCAUUCAGAACUACAACCAGAUGCAGCACAUCUUCUCCUUCGGGCUGGCAACUGGGAAGCAUGCCAUGGGCUCGGGGGAGCCUCUUGGUUCUCCCAUGCCUGACUUCCCUGGGACCCUGGACGUCGAGAUCCUUGAUGGCCCUGACAAGCCCGCUGCGAAGCCCUUCGACAAGCCAUUUGACCCCGUUGAUAGAAAGAGGAAGAGAGGAGGCCUGAUGGAGGAGGAGAUCAAUGUCUUCCGCAGCACGACUGAGGCGGUGAAGGAGGUGGCAACAGCCAUCAGGGAGUGCAAGCCCCUCGACGUCCACCCUAACCUGUAUGGCGCUGUCAUGACCCAGGGUGGCUUCAGCGACGAGGCUCUCAUGGCAGCUCUCAGCCACCUGCUUGACAACAAGGCCCAUGGUGUUGGGUUCGUUGCCAUGGUCGACGCUCACAGGAUGAUGUGGCUCAGGAGCUGGCUGGGCAAGCACUACUACUAGAGUAGUGCUGCCUGUGAGCGUGCAUGAUCCGCGACGGCGAUGGUGGUGGCGACGACGACGAUGAUGACGAUGACGACGUACAUUUUGUGUAGCUAGGGCUCAAAAACUAUUUGAUGGUCUGUAUAUUUUGGUGAGGUGGUAUAUACUAACCCCUCACGGUGACGGUGAACUUGCGGUGGUAGGACGACACCCUCUUUUGGAUGUGGUGGUAGGUUAACACCAAGGUAGUGCUAGGAAGAACUUGCUAUGCCGUAUGAUCAUGCAUGCUUUACUUCUCUUCUGCUCCA